UACCUCAGCAAAGCCACUACCUUAUCAUCUCCUUCCACAUUCACUUUAUGCCUAUUUAUUCUCUCUCUCUUUCCAAGUCUAGAAAGAGACAGAGCUGUGGAGAGAGACGGUGGAAUUGGUUUUAUAGGAUAAAAUAGAACCCAGAUUAGAACACGCUUUUACGUCUGAAAGGCGAUUAGGAAGCGGCUAUUCGGACUGCCUUAUGUACUCUACUGAGACAUAGACGAUAGCGCGAGAUAGAGGUUCUUAGGACGAACAAAGCCAACAUCCGAGGACCCUUUUGUCUCAAAUUGAGUUUUUUGGAGGAGAGGGAUAUUAUGGUGGGUAUUUUCUCAAGGUUGUCUGUCAGCAGGGCUGGACAUCGUCGAACUCAGAGUGCCCUUGAUGAGAGGGAAGCAUUGCCUCCAAACCCAGUAGUUACGGGUGUAGCUACCGGUGCCAUUACUGCUUCUCAUGGGAUUGAAGUAGCAGUGGAGUUUAAACCGGUAGAGCACCCGACUGAGCCUCGUGACAAUGAUAGACCUAUUCAGUGUCCAUUACCUGAACCUUCAAUUCUCAAUGAUGGAAGAAUAUGGAAGGAGAGAGCAUCUGCAGAAGUGCUAAGGAAAACUGAUCUGCCAGUGAUGAAGGAAGAUGCUGACCAUGAAUCUGAAGCUGCCGAGACAAAACAAAGGUCAACCCGUUCCAAUCGCAUGAUUCUACCAUCUCUCAGUGCUCCUGAACACAAUCUUCUAAACCUACUUGAAGAGUAACACAUCUGGGAUUCAAAAUCCGGUAUUGUUUAUUGAUUGUGAGACAAUUUCGAUUCAAUCAUAUGCAAUUUCACCUCUCUCUUUUUUUUUGACCUUUUUGUAGCUUUCUUGUAAUAUCUAUUUUCCCUUUUUUAUAUUAUUGCUUGAAUAUAUUUGUAUGUAUUUUCAAAUGAAUUAUUGCAAAGUCACACCCUGCGUACGUAUACUUAUGAAUUAUAUGGAAUUAUCAGUAUACACUCAGAGGUUCCAAGUUCCUUUUA